CACGUUGACAUCUACAAUGUUUGUCUGCUUUUUGAUUCAUUUGUUCUUUGGGGGAAUGGCUCAGCUGACUUAUCAGGAAUCAUCCGUCUCUAUUCAUCAAGAGAGACGUUUUGUCUCAGCUGAAGUUGGACACACUGUGAGUCUGCAAUGUUUUUAUGAAGGUGGUGAUUCAGCAUGUCUUUACUGGUAUAAACAAAGUCUGGGUCAGACACCAAGGCUUAUUUCUACAUUCUACGUGUAUGAUAAAAGAAUAACUUUCCAUGAUGAAUUUUCUGACGAAUCACGUUUCAAACUCCACACUGAAAACAAAACAAUUCACUUGACCAUUUUGAAUUUGAAAGUUUCAGACUCAGCUACUUACUACUGUGCAUGUAGCUAUAAAUAUGUAUUCAAUUUCACGGAGGGCACUAUAGUCAGUGUAAAGGACUCAGGUUGGAACGUCCUAGCUUUAGUCCAUCAGUCAGCAUCUGAGACCACCAAGCAUGGAGAUGCUGUGACCCUGAGCUGUACAGUCCUCACUGGGACCUGUGAUGGAGAACACAGUGUUUACUGGUUCAGAAACUCUGAAGAAUCUCACUCAGGACUCAUUUACACCCAAGGAGACAGGAAUAGUUCAUGUCUGAGGAAAUACAACCAACAAAGCUGUGAAUACAACUUACCAAUAAAGAGCGUCGAUCACUCUCAUGCUGGGACUUACUACUGCGCUGUCGCUUCAUGUGGACACAUUCUGUUUGGAAACGGGACCAAGGUGAUCAUCACAGAUGUAGAGCAUCUGGUGUAUAUCUUGAGUGGAGCUUUGACUUUUACCAUCAUCUUGAUUUUAUUGUUGGCCGUCAUUACGUGCGUGAUCUACAAGAGAAACAACUGCAAGUGUAAAGAAUCUGGUGCAAGAAUUUCAGCUCCCUCCACAGCAGAUGAACAGGGUGACCACAAUGAGGAAGACAUCCAUUACACAGCGUUGAGGGGACACAGGGUCAACAGAUCCAGAAGACCACAAAACACUGAGGAUGAAUGUGUGUACUCGGGUAUAAAACAGUAGACAAAGUGAUUAGUAAUUAUGUUAUAAAUGAGCCUUUUAGACAUAGUGGUCAUCUUAAUAGUAUCUUUUUGGAUUGGUAAACAGAGCCCAUUUCGAUUAGGCCAGAUCGGCAGGUCAAUCCGUGUCAGUCCAGAACAUAGGACUCUGUAGUCGGGGACUUCAGAGCAGAUACCAUCUUUACAUUUCAGAUGAGGCUAUUUAUUUAUUUUGUACUUUAUUGUCAUAUUUCUUUAUUUCUUUUGGAUCUUUUAUUUAAACACCUUUUCAUAUUUAUUUCAUUUUGGUUUUUUUAUCAGUGAUGUGAUGGUUUUUUAGUGAUUUUAAAAUAAUACAUUUUUACGUCUCUUAUUCUCUUAGUCAUGAGGCUUUUGAUGUCUUGUGUGAAGCUCUUGUGUGAAUUGCCUUGUUGCUGAAAUGUGCUAUUUAAAUAAACCUGACUUGACUUUA